CAGGAGGAGCGGCCGGCAGGGCAUCUCGUCGCAGCUGCCGAGGGCGCGUGCGUGCGUCCCGCGGCGGCCGCUGCGGCGACGUCCGGUGGCCCAAACCAAUGGGGGGCUGCUACUCCGCGUAUGCCUGCUCGAGGAAGCUGCGCGGCCGCCUCAGCGGCCUCUCCCUCGUCCUCCCCGUCUCCGAGCACGACGGCUCCGGCUCCGACUCCUCCCCGGCCCCGCGAAAGAACGACGACGACGUGGCCAAGACGACCGCGGCGGAGUUCGCGCGGCGGUACGCGCUGGGCCGGGAGCUGGGGCGUGGGGAGUUCGGGGUGACGCGGCGGUGCCGGGACGUGGCCACGGGGGAGGCGCUCGCGUGCAAGACGAUACGGAGGCACCGGCGCCGCCGCUGCCGAGGCGCUGCGGCGGCGCACGCGGCGGAUGUGCGGAGGGAGGUGGCCAUCAUGCGGCGCAUGUCGUCCCGCGGCGGCGCGGCGGUGGUGCGGCUCCGCGAGGCAUGCGAGGACGCGGACGGCGCCGUGCACCUCGUCAUGGAGCUCUGCGAGGGCGGCGAGCUCUUCGACCGCAUCAUCGCGCGCGGCCACUACUCGGAGCGCGCCGCAGCCAACAUCUUCCGCACCAUCGUCGACGUUGUCCAGCUGUGCCAUUCGAACGGGGUGAUCCACAGGGACCUGAAGCCGGAGAACUUUUUGUUCGCCAACAAAUCAGAGGACUCCCCGCUCAAGGUCAUCGACUUCGGCCUCUCCGUGUUCUUCAACCCUGGCGAUCGUUUCACGGAGGUGGUGGGGAGCGCGUACUACAUGGCCCCCGAGGUGCUGAAGCGGAACUACGGGCCGGAGGUGGACGUCUGGAGCGCCGGCGUCAUCCUCUACAUCCUCCUCUGCGGCGUCCCGCCCUUCUGGGGAGACAACGACGAGAAGAUCGCGCAGGCGAUACUCCGCGGCGGCCUCGACUUCAGCAGGGAGCCGUGGCCGAGGGUGUCCGGCAACGCCAAGGACCUCGUCAGGAGGAUGCUCGACCCGGACCCAUCCACCCGGCUCACGGCGAGGCAGGUUCUUGAGCACCCGUGGCUGAAGAACGCGGACAUGGCGCCGAACGUGUCGCUGGGAGACGCCGUCCGGGCCAGGCUGCAGCAGUUCUCCGCCAUGAACAAGUUCAAGAAGAAGGCCCUCGGGGUGGUGGCUCGGAAUUUGCCGGUGGAGGAGCUGGACAAGUACGUGCAGAUGUUCCACCUGAUGGACAAGGACCACAACGGCAACCUGUCGCUGGAGGAGCUCGUGGAGGGCCUGCACAUCAACGGCCAGCCCGUGCCGGAGUCCGAGAUCAGGAUGCUCCUCGAGGCCGCGGACACGGACGGGAACGGGACGCUGGACUGCGAUGAGUUCGUGACGGUGUCGCUGCACCUGAAGAAGAUGACCAACGACGAGUACCUGGCGUCGGCGUUCAAGUACUUCGACAAGGACGGCAGCGGCUUCAUCGAGCUGGAGGAGCUCAGGGAGGAGCUCGGGCCCAACGACCAGCAGGUCAUCCUCGACAUCAUCCGCGACGUCGACACCGAUCAGGAUGGCCGGAUCAGCUACCAGGAGUUCGAGCUGAUGAUGAAGUCCGGGACGGACUGGAGGAACGGGUCGCGGCAGUACUCGAGAGCCAACUUCAGCAGCCUCAGCCGGAAGCUCUGCAAGGAGACGUCGUGA